AAGAUUAUUUCCUUUUUAUUUAUGACCUUUUAUUCAGUUCAGUCUAUAAUCUGUGCCUGGUCCUAGGGGUAGAAAGGUCUGUGACUUGGUCCUGCCCCCAGGCAGCUCAUCUUGUAGAGGCAGACAUAACAGAAGUAGCUGCUGUGAUAUGGCGUGUGCUCUGUUGGAGAAAACUGGAUCAUGAAACAAGGAAAAAUGUUUCUAGAAUGCUCUUAGGACAUGUUGCCAAGGACUGUUGAUCAUGUUGCGCUUGAUGGUGAAUGCUUGGAAGCAGCCUGGGUGGAGGGCAGGGAGUUACUUUUGCUAAGGAGCCGGCUCAGAGUGGAUUCUGUAAUCCGAGCCUCAUCUGAAGCGUGAGUCUGUACCUCCCUGCAGAAUUGCCAGGUUUCAUGCAGGAAUUCAGUGGCCUCUGAUUGGAGGGCUGGUGCUGGUGGGAUAAUGAACUAGGUAGUGUCGGCAGAGGUGAUUGGCUGGGCUCUGCUGCAGUGAGAAUGCAGACUGGAUGCUCGAGCUCGGCUUGGGUGAUGAGCGAGGACAGCUGAAUAAUUGGGAGCUCGAAGUUCCUUCUGCCUCUGGGAGUGGUCUGCUUGGCUGUCGCGUUUUCCUUUUUUUUAAAAAAGCCAGACGUUUGCUCACCGUCAUCUGCAGAAGUCAGUUUUUAUUGAAGAAGCUCCAGCUGCUUUCUCCUUAUUGCCGGCAGCCCGGCAAGGCUCCCUUAGAGUGAGCUACUUCUCAGGCCGGGCACGACAGCAGUGCUAGCACAUUUGAAAAAGCAGGAAACUGCCCCUGCAUGCAGAGCUUCCAGCCUGAGAACUCCCAGGCCGGUCUUCCCAGCAGCUGUGUAGCCAGAGAGCCUUGGUAUUGUGGUCACAUCCCUCAAAAGUGAACAGUCACCAUCGGAGGCGUUUGGAGGAGACCGUGAUGUUGCAGAUGCUGUGGCAUUUCCUAGCUAGCUUUCUCCCCAGGGCUGGGUGCCAAAGCUCCAGAGAGGGGGACGAUCAUGAAGUCAGAGGCACCCCAGCCCCUGCCCGGAGAGACCAGAUGGCAAGCUUUUUGGGGAAACAGGACGGAAGGGCUGAGGCCACGGAAAAGAGACCCACCAUUUUGCUGGUGGUUGGACCUGCAGAUCAGUUUCCUAAGAAAAUUGUACAAGCUGGGGAUAAGGACCUCGAUGGGCAACUAGACUUUGAAGAAUUUGUCCAUUAUCUCCAAGAUCAUGAGAAGAAACUGAGGCUAGUGUUUAAGAGUUUGGACAAAAAGAAUGAUGGACGCAUCGACGCACAGGAGAUCAUGCAGUCCCUGCGGGACCUGGGAGUUAAGAUAUCUGAACAGCAGGCAGAAAAAAUUCUCAAGAGAAUACGAACGGGCCAUUUCUGGGGCCCUGUCACCUACAUGGAUAAAAACGGCACGAUGACCAUUGACUGGAACGAGUGGAGAGACUACCACCUCCUGCACCCUGUGGAAAACAUCCCGGAGAUCAUCCUCUACUGGAAGCAUUCCACGAUCUUUGAUGUGGGUGAGAAUCUGACAGUCCCUGAUGAGUUCACAGUGGAGGAGAGGCAGACGGGGAUGUGGUGGAGACACCUGGUGGCAGGAGGUGGGGCAGGGGCCGUAUCCCGAACCUGCACCGCCCCCCUGGACAGACUCAAGGUGCUCAUGCAGGUCCACGCCUCCCGCAGCAACCACAUGGGCAUUGUUGGCGGCUUCACCCAGAUGAUUAGAGAAGGAGGGGCCAGGUCACUCUGGCGGGGCAAUGGCAUCAACGUCCUCAAAAUUGCCCCCGAAUCGGCCAUCAAAUUCAUGGCCUAUGAGCAGAUCAAGCGCCUUGUUGGCAGUGACCAUGAGACUCUGAGGAUUCACGAGAGGCUUGUGGCAGGGUCCUUGGCAGGAGCCAUCGCCCAGAGCAGCAUCUACCCAAUGGAGGUCCUGAAGACCCGGAUGGCGCUGCGGAAAACAGGCCAGUACUCGGGCAUGCUGGACUGCGCCAGGAGGAUCCUGGCCAGAGAGGGGGUGGCUGCCUUCUACAAAGGCUAUGUCCCCAACAUGCUGGGCAUCAUCCCCUACGCCGGCAUCGACCUAGCAGUCUACGAGACGCUCAAGAAUGCCUGGCUGCAGCGCUAUGCAGUGAACAGUGCAGACCCCGGCGUGUUUGUGCUCCUGGCCUGUGGCACCAUGUCCAGUACCUGUGGUCAGCUGGCCAGCUACCCCCUGGCCCUAGUCAGGACCCGAAUGCAGGCACAAGCCUCCAUUGAGGGCGCUCCGGAGGUGACCAUGAGCAGCCUCUUCAAACAGAUCCUGCGGACCGAGGGGGCAUUUGGGCUGUACAGGGGGCUGGCCCCCAACUUCAUGAAGGUCAUCCCAGCCGUGAGCAUCAGCUAUGUGGUCUACGAGAACCUGAAGAUCACCCUGGGCGUGCAGUCGCGGUGACGGGGGGAGGGCCGCCAUGCGGUGAACUCACUGAUCCUGGGCCGCUGCCCGGGGUAUGCAGCCAUCUCAUUCUGUGAAUGUGCCAACACUAAGCUGACUCGAGCCAAGCUGUGAAAACCCUGGACGCACCCGCAGGGAGGGUGGGGAGAGCUGGCAGGCCCGGGGCUGGUCCUGCUGACCCCGGCAGAUCCUCCUAUUGGUUCCAGGGAAGACCAUAGGCAUUCCUCAGGGUCCAGGGUCAGCAGGCUCUGGGCUCACAUGUGUAGGGACGGGACAUUUUCUGCAGUGCCUGCCAAUAGUGAGCUUGGAGGCUGGCUUAGUUCUUCCAUUUCAUCUUUGCAGCCAGGGGUUGGCACGGCCCCUGCCCUCUGGCCUGCCACGUAUCUCCCUGUUCCCCUCUGCUUCCUGCCUCACUGCUGAUGUGAUAGGGUGGGAGGAGGGCUGCAGCCCACAUCUCACCACGCAUCCAAUCCCGAAAUCUAUGAUAAAAGGUGAGGUCACGUGGCCUCCCAGGCCCCAUUUCCCAGCCUAUGGCAUUGACACCAACUUGGCUGUGCCAGGAAGAGGAAAGGGUCUGGCCUUGCGCUGACUGGCAUCUGCGCCCUGCUGAUGGCUGGGGCUCCUGGGCAUGCGUGGGAGUGCAGGGGCUUGGGCCGCCUGACCUGGCUGCACCGAAGGCAAGUGCUGGGGCUUACGGUGCUCCGAGCUGGCCCGGGCCCUGCCAGGACUGGCACCAGCUCCAAACCAAACUCACUGUCCCCACUGUGGCCCGAGGGCAGUGGAACACUGUGUUUGAGGGAGAAGGGCAGAGCGUUUGUAUGUCCUGGAGAGGGAAGGAAAAGGUAUUGGAGGCCUUAAUUAUGCAUUGUUGGGAAAAGGGUUUUGUCAAGAAAGACAAGCUGGACACAGGAGCGAGUUCUGUGCUUCCAGAGGAAGACAAGGGAGCCGGGAGUUUGGCUGUCUGCUCAGAGUCUGUUCUGAUGUCCCUGGGGGUUCCUGUCCAACCCCUGCAGGGGCACAGCGGGACCAGCCUCACAUUCCACUCACGUCACUGCUUGGAACCUAUUUAUUUUGUAUUUAUUUGAACAGAGUUAUGUCCUAUUUUUAUAGAUUUGUUUAAUAGCUUGUCAUUUUCAAGUUCAUUUUUUAUUCAUAUUUAUGUUCAUGGUUGAUUGACUGUACCUUCCCAAGCCCGCCUAGUGGGGUGGGAAGAGGAGGAAGCAGGGGCCUUGGGCAGCCAUAGUCUUAGAAUUUCAGAGAAAUUCUUGGGACUGAAGGCAGAGGAGCGGCCAGAAGGCAGCAGCCCUGGCUUCGUUCCUUUGGCAGAUUAGGGAAGGACUUGCCCCACCCCCAGGGAGCCUUAGGAUUUCAAGAUUUGACUGGGGGCUUGGGGGGGAUCCCCAAUAAACUUGAAGGUGGAAGUCCAGUCAUCUUCUGCGCUGGGGGGUUUUCUGUAUUUCACUCUUUCUGAACGGCAAGGCAGUGAGGUACCUCUCACCAUGCAUUUGCAGUGGGCAGGGCUGAAAGAGAGGGUGGGGGGCUGGCUCCCUCCCUCUCAGCCUUCUGCUGCCCUUGCUCAACAAUGCCAGCCCACUGGCAACGCCGGCCCACUAGCAAACCUUCAAUAGGAUGCAAAGAUCAAUGCAAAAAUUACUGUUAUAUAUGAAUAUAUAUAGUUAUAACUGGAAUCGUCAAAAAGCAAAUUAAGAAAGAAUUGGAAGAUGGAAGUUGUCAUUUAAAGAAGCCUUCUAAUAAAGUUAUUUCAAAGCU